UGGCGCUGGCGGCCUCACCCCGGCCCCUCCUGGCGCAGGUGGCCGUGACCGUGCCUGGGAGGAUGAAGUGCUGCCUGCAGCGCAUGUUAGCCCUCUGCCUCCCGCUGGGUCCUCUCUCGGGUGAGGGGCUGCUGGGCCUGGCUGGGCCCCGGCACCCACUCCUGCCCCCUGACUCCUGCAGCUGGGGGUGGAGUCCUGCACGACCGAUCCCUCGACAGCCACACCCUUUGUCCAAACUCGCCCAGGGCUCCUUCCGGGCCCACCCCAUACCGGGCAGCAGGGGCCAGUCCUGGCUGUGCCUUGCAGACCCCCACGCAGAGCCGCCAGCCAUGCCCUACUGGCCCUUCUCCGCCUCGGACUUCUGGGGCUACAUGCAGCACUUUCAGGCCCUGGGUGCCCACCCGCAGCUGGAGGACCUGGCCCACACCUUCUUCGCCCAUGUCCCCCUGGGGGCCACCCUGGGCUUCCAGGUGCCCUUGCAGGAGGAGCGAGGCCCACCUGGGGUUUGCCAGCCGCAGCUAGGCGAGGCCCACCAUUGGUGGGGGGCCGUUGGCCACUCCUCCCUCAAUAAACCCCACCUAAGACGCACGGCGUGUGGCACGUGGGACCCCGACCCCCCCAUGGGGCAAGUCGGAGGCUCCCGAGACCACCUCCUCCUCCAGGAGGCCCAUCCCACUUGGCGUCCGCAGUGUGUGGGGACCUGGUCUCCCCGUACCGGCCUCUCUGCUAACCCUCACGACCACCCCAGGAGGCACAUGGGGCCCCAGGAUGUAGGUGGGGAAACUGAGGCAGAGGCCUACCCAGGCCCUGCCUUGGUCCCUGAGCAGCCAGACCCUCUGUGGUCACUGAGCUGGAGCCCAGCCAGGGCCACCUGCCCACCCAACACCAGGGGGCCGCUGGCGCAGGGAGGGCCGGGCCCGAGUGCACUGGGUGGGCUGGGGAAGGUUCCAGAGGAGAGAGCCAGUGCUGCAGGCUGGGGACCCCCGGGGGAGAGCCAGGACUGGCGGGCAGCAGGGACGCUGCGUGGGAGGGUCACCCGUCUGGCAGGAGAGGCUGAACCGGCAGGUGCCCUGUGA